GCCGCAAGAACAAAUCCAAAAGAAUAUUCAACUCUAUCAUCAGCCAUCAUUCUUCUUCACCUCCUGUUCUUAAUACAAGAAAACGAUCAAGGUCAAUCCUUGCGAAAUCGCAAUUAUGUCCCAGUUUCGCGCCAAACGGCUAGACAUCGCCGGCUUCAUCAACCCGCGCAUCGUCCGGGAUCACACGAAGCGACAGGUCUUCAAGCAAUUCGAGCCCGAAAGACAAGCUCUUCGCUACCUCGUCCGCAACACCGCUCUCCCCAUGCGUGUCCGCGCCCAAGCCCAACUCAAGCUCUCCCAAAUGCACUGCUACACCAAUCCCACACAGAUUAAGAACAGAUGUACGGCUGGAGGCAUAGCAAGGGGUGUUUUCAGAGAUUUCAGACUGGGACGAUUCCAAUUCCGUAUGCAGGCUCUUGCUGGGAAGCUCCCGGGUGUCAGGAAGGCGAGCUGGUAAUAUAUCGGCGCAUAUAUAUGGGUAUAUUGCGUGGGUGGUUGAUUGGCCUGUUUUGAAGGCUCUGCAUUUUUCUCGCUCUGACUAUUAUCUUUGGAGCUCUCCGGCGUUUUUUUUUUUUUUUUCGUUUUGGGAUGGGACCUGCGAAAUAGACAAAUAUGUAUUUAAAUUAUGUAACUUACAGUACAUUGAAUUUUAAAAUGAAACAAAAUAUAUAUAAACGCCCAAAGCAUAGAACAUCUACUUCUCGA